AUGUGCCACGGCUUCUCUGCCAUCUCACCGGAGAGAUUUGAUGCUAGUGCGACGUGCUCUGAAUCCUUACGCUUCACUAGCGCCUUUCAGAAAGGCCGUCUGCUCCAGAUCUGGCCCAGUUCCUUAGCGUGCCUGAAUCUAGUAGCUGCUGCACUGGCCCAGUGUUUACACGGCGCGUCUGUUUGCAUUAGCCAAAUCAUCGUGGCUGCACCGGUCUGUCCGAGACACGUCCAGACCCUGGUCGGUGUGAUAACCGGCGCCGCAGAUGGACACGGCGUGAGCCGACGCCCCGGUCUUUUCCACCGCGCCAUCAUCCAGAGCGGCUCGGCGCUGUCCAGCUGGGCAGUCAACUACCAGCCGGUGAAGUACACGCGCCUGCUGGCGGAGAAGGUCGGGUGCAACGUGCUGGACACCAUGGACAUGGUGCACUGCCUGCGCAAGAAGAACGCCCGCGAGCUGGUGGAGCAGGACAUACAGCCGGCGCGCUACCACGUGGCGUUCGGCCCCGUCAUCGACGGCGACGUGAUCCCGGACGACCCCGAGAUCCUGAUGGAGCAGGGCGAGUUCCUGAACUACGACAUCAUGCUGGGCGUGAACCAGGGCGAGGGUCUGCGCUUCGUGGAGAACGUGGUGGACUCAGAGGACGGCGUCUCGGGCACCGAUUUCGAUUUUUCCGUGUCGGACUUCGUGGACAGUCUGUACGGGUACCCGGAGGGCAAAGACACGCUGAGGGAGACCAUCAAGUUCAUGUACACGGACUGGGCGGACCGGGACAAUCCAGAGACCCGCCGCAAGACCCUGGUGGCCUUGUUUACCGACCACCAGUGGGUGGAGCCGUCGGUGGUGACGGCCGACCUGCACGCCCGCUACGGGUCGCCCACCUAUUUCUACGCCUUCUACCACCACUGCCAGAGCCUGAUGAAGCCGCCGUGGUCGGACUCGGCGCACGGUGACGAGGUGCCCUACGUCUUCGGCAUUCCCAUGAUCGGACCGACUGACCUGUUCCCGUGCAACUUCUCCAAGAACGACGUCAUGCUGAGCGCCGUGGUCAUGACCUACUGGACUAACUUCGCCAAGACCGGAGACCCGAACAAGCCGGUGCCGCAGGACACCAAAUUCAUUCACACCAAAGCCAACCGCUUCGAGGAGGUGGCCUGGUCCAAGUACAACCCGCAGGAUCAGCUGUACCUGCACAUCGGGCUGAAGCCGCGGGUCCGCGACCACUACCGCGCCACCAAGGUGGCGUUCUGGAAGCACCUGGUGCCGCACCUGUACAACCUGCACGACAUGUUCCACUACACCUCCACCACCACCCGCGUGCCGCCCCCGGAGACCACGCAGAACUCGCUGUCCACCAAGCGCCCCAACGGCAAGGCCUGGCCCUUCAACACCAAGCGUCCGCCCAUGUCUCCGGCGUACAACAGCGAGAGCGGGACGGAGCGGCGCAACGGCGCCGACGACGAGGACCCGGGGCCGCUCCUGGUGGAGAACGCUCGCGACUACUCCACCGAGCUGAGCGUCACCAUCGCCGUGGGCGCGUCCCUGCUCUUCCUCAACGUGCUGGCCUUCGCCGCGCUGUACUACCGCAAGGACAAGCGCCGACAGGACCAGCACCCGCAGGGCAGCCCGCCUCGCGCCAACUCCAGCGCCAACGGGGGCAACGUGGAGGACGAGAUCGCCUCGCUGCAGGUCAACCAGUGCGACGCCACGUCGAUCGGGGAGGCGCUGCCGCUCACCGCGCUCCCGGAUUACUCGCUCACGCUGCGCCGCUCGCCCGACGACAUCCCGCUCAUGACGCCCAACACCAUCACCAUGAUCCCUAACUCGCUGGUGCCCAUGCCCAACCUGCACCCGUACAACACCUUCACCGCCGGGUUCAGCACCACCGGCCUCGCCCACUCACACUCCACCACACGCGUAUAGCUUUACGGGCGGAGUUUUCUACGGUUACCACGGUUACAGGGGACUUUGAAUUCGAUGGGAAUUUCGCAGAGGCGUGACGGACUCCACGUUCCAGCGGCGGGACGAGCGCCGGAUAUUUUUUU